ACGCCGGUUCCCUCGGGCGCGCUGACGUCAAACUCCGCGGCGGCGCGGCGUCCUUUCUCUCCCUCUCGCUCUCUCUGGCUGUGCCUCUGCUUCCUUCCCCUCCGCCUCUCUUUCUCGCUCCUGGUCCGAAUGAAAGGGAAGAAGGUUCCCGGCGGGAGAAGGCCUUGGGAGCGGGCUUUCUGAAGGGAAGGCGUCCCUCUUUCGCCGGGCUUCGGCCGCCUUGGUAGGCCCCACGCCGCGCCUCGACGCGCGCCCCUCAGUUGUUUCCAGGGAGGUCGAGGUAAUCGAUGUGAGUGCCUUUUCGCCCCUUGGGUGUCCAGUCACAGCUGAUCUUGGGAGCCUUGGCAAAGACUGAGGCAGCAUUUCUCAAGCUGUCUUUAAAAAUCAUGUCAGCCUCAGUUGGACCAAAAAAGGGACCGGGAAGGCAGCGCAAAUGUGGCUUCUGCAGGUCCAACCGAGAUAGCGAGUGCGGACAGCUCUUGCUCUCUGAAAACCAUAAGGUGGCAGCACAUCAUAAAUGUAUGCUCUUCUCGUCUGCCUUGGUAUCUUCACACUCCGAUAACGAGAGCCUUGGGGGCUUUUCCAUAGAAGACGUGCAAAAGGAGAUCAAAAGAGGCACUAAGCUGAAAUGCUCUUUUUGCCACUGUCCCGGAGCAACCAUCGGUUGCGAUGUCAAUACCUGCCAUAAGACAUAUCACUAUUACUGUGCAUUGCACGAUAAAGCUCAGAUCCGGGAGAAGCCUUCCCAAGGCAUCUACAUGAUAUUUUGUCGAAAACACAAGAAAGCGCCACACAACUCUGAAGCAGAUCUAGAAGAAGGCCUAAAUGAGCACGAGUUGGAAGCGUCUCCCCCUAAAAAGAGGGGGCGCAAAGGGAGGCCCCGGAAGACGUCGCUCCAGGGGCAGACGGAAGACGCGCGGUCCACGUCAUCGCACGGCACAGAUGACGUAGAAAGCAGCUCCUAUAGAGACAGAUCGCCUCACAGAAGCGGCCCCAAUGACACAAAACCUAAGUGCGGGUUCUGUCACGCAGGCGACGAAGAGAACGAAGCUCGAGGGAAGCUUCAUAUAUUCAAUGCCAAAAAGGCAGCCGCACAUUACAAGUGUAUGUUGUUCUCUUCCGGCACCGUACAAUUGACGACAACAUCGAGGGCAGAGUUUGGCGAUUUUGAUAUUAAAACCGUACUUCAAGAAAUCAAACGAGGGAAAAGAAUGAAGUGUACGCUUUGCAGUCAGUCCGGAGCCACCAUUGGAUGCGAGAUUAAGGCCUGCAUCAAGACUUACCAUUACCACUGUGGAGUACAAGACAAAGCGAAGUACAUAGAGAACAUGUCGCGAGGGAUUUACAAGCUUUACUGUAAAAACCACAGUGGGAACGAUGAGCGUGAUGAAGAGGAUGAGGAGCGAGAAAGCAAGAGCCGCGAGAAAUCAGUGGCGGAUCAUGGCAGCGUUCCCCAGCAGCAGUUGAAUGGAAACUAGGUUCAAGUGACAUGGUGAAACUGGGAAUGAAUAAGACAUCCAUAAUUACUAACCUUUCUGGGUUUUUUUCUCCCAACAACAACAAAAUGCUUUAUAAAAGCAGAAUGGGGUUAGUAACUUUAUUCUUAUUUUUUUUUUACGACCGGACUGUUAGAAAUGUCACGGACCUGCCUGAAACGUUCCUGUGUGUGUGAGCCUUCAGUGAGCAGCAGAGGUGUUUUUAUUUUUUCUCCCCUUUUUAUAAUGAAACCUGUCGAUAUUAUGUAGUUAGUCUGCAGAGAAAGAGAAUCAGGAAGGUCUGGCGUUUCCUGUGUGACCAAGAUGGAGGCAAACCGGAAAGGAAACAGCUUGACUCUUUGGUAAACAACAGGCGCCGGAAGGGUUUGGACAGACAGCCGGGGAGAACAUUCCUCCGCUCCUGAACUCCUCUUUGAACCCAAUUGGGGUUCUUCCUGCUAUGGACGCCUCGCAUCCAAAGCCAGAGACUUCAAGAUGCCAUUGACUUCAAGCUACGAGCUUCAGCACUCAACGCCAAAGGGUUGUAGUUCGUUCCUUUUUAUUCCUUACGGGAAACAUGCCUCCGUUCGCAUCAUUCAGCCUCCUUUUCCUUUCUUCUCGCCUUUUUCACUUUCAACGAACUGCGGCUUGUUGACAACCAUGUCUGGAAACUGCAGCCCCCCUUUUUCCCAUUAUAUCUCCCUCUGGAAUUUAGCCACCUUUCUUGGGACAUGAUACCUCAAGUGCUCUGUGCUGCGUAGGAACACAUCAUAUACACAGAUAUAUACGUACAGAUCCUGUAUGCUGUAAGGAAGAAUGCAGAAUAAGACUCUGGAUACUUUUUUAAAGAGGUCAGUAUUUAUUUGGAGCCUUGCGGACCGCUAGACGGGAAUGUUUUUGAGGAUUUGAAGAAGGUUGCAAUGCUCUCCUCGGAGUCGGAUUUGCUUAAAAUGAUGCCAAGUCUUAAUGAUCCCAGUGGCGAAGCUAUGGAUUCCUGGUCAUUUCUUCCAUUGGCUUUGUCCGGGCUAUUUCUUGGUUCGCAAACUUAGCAAAUUUCUUCUUGUCUCUUGGAUUUGAAGGCCUAGAAGCAGCGGAAGGACAAUUGGGGAAGAUUCACUUGCCAUUGAAUAAAGGAAUAAAAAGAAAUUGCCUUUUUCGCAACAAUGUUCUAUAUUUCUGGAGCCUUGUUUUGUUUUUGCCCUCUUUUCUUUUUUUUUAACCCACAUUUUGUCGUACUGAGGGACUCAAUUCUUGUGUAUAAAGACUCCAAAAAGGACUCUUGGACUUCAAUCCCGUUCGGGUUUGGAAAACGUUCCUGGAAGAAUGCCGUUUUAGUAGAAAAGUUGUGUAUAAAGGAAACAAAAUAAUAAAUCUGUUAACUUGCUCUUA